UAUGAGGCAAGAUGGAGGCUCCCACAUAGAAGCACGCAAGACUGAGGCUGUGGAUCUGCAGCCAUGAAGGCGUUGCCAGCUGCCCUGCUUCUCCUGGCCACUCUUGCUCCUCUGUCUACAGGCAAGAAGUUCCGAUGGUGCACACUUUCCGAUCUGGAGCAGAGGAAGUGCUCAGAACUGUCCCGAGCGCUCGUGGCCGUGCUGCCCCCCGCUGCAGUCAGUGCCUUCGCCCGGGUCUCCUGCAUCAGCGCACGCAACGCAAACGACUGUAUCAACAAGAUCCGAGUGAACAAAGCGGAUGCUGCCUCCUUGGAUGCUGGAGAUGUGUACUCUGCCGUGCAGCUUCAUGGCCUGAGCGUGGUGGCAAAGGAGGUCUACCCAGAGGGUAGCUGCGUAUUCGCUGUCGCCGUGGCCAGAAGGGGAACGCUGGACAUCCACAGCCUAAAGGGAACCCGUAGCUGCCAUAACGGAGCCCGGUGGACCUCAGGCUGGAACCUCCCGCUGGGCUUCCUUCUGGCCAGCAACCCGCUGAUGUGGGGUGGCAACCGCCCUGUCCACCAUGUGCUCAGCAGUUACUUCAAUGCCAGCUGCAUCCCUGGCGCCGGCGCUGCUGCCCCUCGGCUGUGCGCUCUCUGCCAAGGACAGAAAUCCUACGUCCAGGACAAGAACCACUUCUGCGAGGCCAGCAGCAGCGAACCUUUUCACGGCUCAGAGGGAGCCUUCAGGUGCUUGAAAAGCGGAGUGGCGGAUGUGGCUUUCCUGGACCACCUCACAAUCAUGAGGGCCACAGAGUCCGAAGAAGACGACUAUGAACUGCUGUGUCCUGACGGGUCCACAGCGCCCCUGCCAGCCUAUGCCACCUGCAACCUGGGCCGUGGGCCAGGACGGGCUGUUGUCACACGCCACAGCUUCCAGAAGGUUGCCAGGAAGUUCCUCGCCACCAUCCAGCACCUCUUUGGAAAAGCGGGGAAGGAGAGGGUCAGGUUCGAGCUCUUUGCAUCUGCGCCAUUCAGAGGGAAGGACCUGCUCUUCCAUGACGCAACUCGCCACUUCCAGACAACUGCCGAGGAGGCCCAGAUCAGUCGCAUCCUCGGCCUGGAGUAUGUGGCUCUCCUGCAGGCCUUGGGCCAUGAAGGGAGCUCCCUCACCAACAGCCUGGUGCGCUGGUGCUGCAUCGGGGAUGCCGAGCUCCGCAAAUGUGAGGAGUGGGCUUUGCACAUCAGGUCAGACCCCCUGGUCUGUGUCCACGCAGACUCCAAGACCAACUGCAUUGAGCUGAUUAAGAACAACGGGGCAGAUGCCGUUACGCUGGAUGCAACACAUGCCUACUUCGCAGACAAGUGUGGCCUACGUCCUGUUGCUGCAGAAUGUUAUGCGGAAGAGUGUCCUGAGGCCGAGAAGGAAGACGGGAGCGAGAGGCAGGCGGGCCACGCAACGCUCCCUCCAGGCUACGCCAUCGCCCUGGUGAAGAAGGCCGCCAAGCACUUGAGCAUCCGCAAUCUGCAGGGGAGGCGCUCCUGCCACAGCCACGUGUACAGCCCGGCCGGCUGGCUGCUCCCUUCCCGCUACACUGCUAGGGCUCCGGGGGACGACUCCACCCCCUGCAGCCUCAGCUCUGCCUACCAGGAGUACUUCUGGAAGGGCUGCAUGCCGGGCGCAGGGGGCAAUCUCUGCAAGGUCUGCAUCGGUCCAGCGGAGCGGGAGGGUGAGAAGCCUUCGUCCAGGUGUGCCGCCCAUCACGAUGAGCGCUACUACGGCAACCUGGGUGCCCUCAGGUGCCUCUUUGGAGACCCCCAUGGAAGAAGUUUCGGCGAUGUGGCUUUCUUGGAACACCAUAACCUGCUCCAGAAUAUUGAGUACCUGAAAAGCUCAGGAUGGGCAACGGGAUACUCUGCAGGGGACCUGGAGCUCCUGUGCCCAGACGGGAGCCGAGCAGCAGUGACGGACUGGCAGACCUGCAACCUGGGCCCCGUUCCGCCCAGUGUGGUCGUGGCGCGGCCAAUGACUGUGGCCAGGGUCUACGACUUCUUGGCUAAGUCCCAGGAGGUGGGCACGGCCGCUGCAUUUCGGCUCUUUCAGUCGCAGAAGUAUGAAGCAAGCGACCUGCUCUUUAAAGACGCCACCCAGCGACUCAUCCCCGUGAGCCACCUGCACUACGAGGCCAUCCUUGGGCAGGCCUUCCUCCAGCUUGCAGAGUCCAUCUUUAGCUGCACACCCGCCGGCAUCCUGGACUUCUGCAAAACGGACAGCUGUGCCUCUUCAGCACAGUGACAUCAUGUCCAGAGGAACCCCCAAAAAUGCAAAACUUGCAAGAGGACUUUUGGAUUUCUACCUGUGGCCGUUUUCCUUAGUAAGCAGAGACAAGUUGGACCUUAUCCAGCUGUGUGAAGGAGCAAACCCCCUGCCGCUCCCAGCAGCAUCCUGCCAACCCCAAGAUCCAACUCCCCUUUACGUACAUGCUUCACUGGCUUCUUUGGGGCACUUCCAGAUAUGACUUUGUUUUACAAAAGCUGAAGAACACCUUGAGUACAACCUUUAAAAGAGACCAUGCUUCAGCCAUCCACUGGUUCGUGGCAAGCGGUUCCGUCCUAGAACAACAGCUAGUUUGCUGAAGGGAGGACCGAAUGGAGAGCAACGACUACUCAAUAAGCAGCAUUCUCACACAGCCACCCCGACAGCCACGGGCCGAGCUGCAAUCAGUACACGAGGCCGAAGCUGCUACCUCUUUCCAAGUGGCUGGGGAGUGGGUGACACGUAUGGCAAAACCAUGGCCCUGGGGAAUACCCACACGGCGCCCUGGCCUUCUCAGGCCAGCAUGUUGCUCAG